AUGGCGACCCUCACGACAAAGACCGGUCAGACCAUCGACCGGCAGGUCAUGGAGUCCAUGCUCCGUCGGCGCAUGUUCUACACCCCGGCCUUCGAGAUAUACGGCAGUGUUGCCGGCCUGUUCGACUACGGUCCUUCCGGCUGUGGCCUGCAGGCAAACAUCAUCGAGACAUGGCGGAAGCACUUCGUCCUUGAGGAGGACAUGCUCGAGGUCGACUGCACCGUUCUGACCCCUCACGAGGUGUUCAAGACGAGUGGCCACGUGGACAAGUUCGCCGAUUGGAUGUGCAAGGACCCCAAGAAUGGCGAGAUCUUGCGGGCGGACCAUUUCGUCGAGGCCAUUCUCGAGGCGAGGCUGAAGGGCGACAAGGAGGCGCGUGGCCAAAAAGUGGAGGAGAAAGAGGCGGACCCAAAGAAGAAGAAGAAGAAGGUCAAGUCGGAGGCCGUCAAGCUCGAUGAUGCCGUGGUCAAGGAGUACGAGGAAGUGCUGGCUCAGAUCGACAACUACGAUGGCGAUCAGCUGGGUCAGUUGAUUAAGAAGUACGAGCUCAAGAACCCCGAGACUGGUGCCGAGCCUUCGCCCCCAGUACCUUUCAACCUGAUGUUCCAGACUGCCAUUGGUCCAUCUGGCCAGCUGGCGGGUUACUUGAGACCCGAGACUGCUCAGGGCCAGUUCACCAACUUCGCCAAGCUCCUCGAGUUCAACAUGCAAAACAUGCCUUUCGCGUCUGCCUCGAUUGGCAAGUCCUACCGAAACGAAAUCUCCCCUCGGGCUGGUCUGUUGCGCGUGCGAGAGUUCCUGAUGGCUGAGAUCGAGCACUACGUUGAUCCCGAGGGUGGCAAGAAGCAUGACAGGUUCUCGGAGGUUGAGAACAUUGAACUGACCUUGUUGGACAAGGAAACGCAGCUCUCCGGCAAGACGGAUGUGAAGACUUUGAGCAUUCGGAAGGCAGUCGAGAGCAAGGUUGUGGACAAUGAAACCCUGGGUUACUUCCUCGCACGAAUUCACCUGUUCCUCGAAAAGAUUGGUGUAGACAUGAGCAAGGUCCGCUUCCGGCAACACAUGGCUAACGAGAUGGCCCAUUACGCUUGCGAUUGCUGGGACGCCGAGCUACUGACCUCAUACGGCUGGAUCGAGUGUGUUGGUUGCGCUGAUCGUUCGGCCUACGAUCUUACGGUCCACAAGAACAAGACCGGCGCACCACUCGUUGUGCGCCAGAAGCUGGAGACGCCCAAUGUUAGACAAGAGUGGACGCUUGAGUACAACAAGAAGAAGUUCGGCCCCGCAUUCAAGAAAGACGGCAAGACCGUUGAGGCUGCCAUAGAAGCGACGACACAGGAGCAGCGUGAGGCUUUCGCCAAGGAAUUGCAAGAAAACGGCAGCUUCACUAUUGACGUGCCCGGUGUGGCAGAUGGUAAGGCCUCCGUUGGUAAGGACUUGAUAGAGAUCAAGUACUCUACGAUCACGGAACACGUUCGGGAAUAUACACCAAACGUUAUUGAGCCUUCCUUUGGUAUUGGCAGAAUCUUGUACUCUUUGCUCGAGCACAACUUCUGGACACGCGGCGACGGUGCUGAUGAAGCUCGUGGCGUUAUCUCCUUCCCGCCUACCAUCGCUCCCACAAAGGUCCUCAUCGUGCCUCUCUCCAGCAACAAGGACUUCAGCCCCAUCGCGCGCAAGCUGGGCCAGAAGCUUCGGACGCUGGGCAUCUCCAGCAGGGUGGACGACUCGUCCGCAACGAUCGGCAAGCGCUACUCGCGCAACGACGAGCUCGGCACGCCGUUCGGCAUCACCAUCGACUUCCAGACCGUCAAGGACGGCUCCAUCACGCUGCGCGAGCGCGACAGCACGAAGCAGGUGCGUGCGGACGAGGCCAAGGUCCUCGAGGCCGUUCGCGAGAUGGUCACUGGCGCCAAGACGUGGAAGGACAUCCAGGGCGAGCUGCCGGCCUUCGAGGCCCAGGAGCUCGAGGUCAGGUAA